UUUGGGAACGGGUGCGGAAGCGCCAGCCGUAGCCCUCCCGCCCGCCCCGCCCCCGCGCGACCGCAGCCAAUCAGCGGGCCCCUCUUAGGAGCGUCCCAGUCAGCCAAAAUGGCGGCGGCCGUUGGCGCGGGAUUCCGCUUUUGGUGCCGUUAGCCUUCUCUCAUCGCAAAAUGUGAACGGGAGAACGGUUGUAGGAGGGAGGUUGCAGGCCAUGAGUCGGCGAAGGAAACAUGGGGAAAGCCCAGGCCUGAAGAACACGCCGCGCAAAGCGAUGGCGGCUGAGGACGGCAGCUCGGUGGUCGAGUCAGGGAAGAGGCGGCUCCGGUCGGCCCGCGGCUCAGGGCUCGGCGGGGCUGCAGAGGGCUCACCUCGCCCCACGCUGCGGCGGGAGCAGCCUCCAGCAGCCUCUUCGUGCAGUAAAAGUAACCCCGAGGAAAAGUACGAAACCCCAGAGAGAAUCCUGAAAAUGGAUUUAUUGUCAUCGACCUUCAGUUCUCCUAAUGAUCCAGAUGGACAGAAUGAUAUAUUUUGGGAUCAAAAUUCACCAAUGACAAAACAGUUAGGUAAAGGAAGGAAAAAACAGAUUUACACUACAGAUAGUGAUGAGAUUUCACAUAUUGUCAGCCGAAUUGCUCCUCAGGAUGAAAAACCAAUAACGAACUCAAUGCUGGGCAUGUGGAUUGGUGAUACCGCUAUUCCCUGUACUCCUGGUGUAGCAAAAGGAAAAUCAAGAGCAAAAACAUGCUGUACAAAGUUAAAAACACAAAAUAAAGAAGAAGAACUUAUGAAGUUGGCUAAACAGUUUGACAAGAAUAUGGAAGAGCUAGAUGUAAUUCAAGAGCAGAAAAAGAGAAAUCAUGAUUUUAUUCAUAUGAUAUCAGAAGCAGAGACUUUAAAUAAUUAUAAAGAAAAUUUACAGAUGCAUUUAUUACUUGACAUAGUUCCUGAAAUAGAUAAUGCUAUAAUAAGGAAGAAACCAAUUAAAGAAAACACCGAGGUAUCUAUGGUAAAUGAUCAAAAUAGCAAUCAGAAGCCAUUUGACCUAAAUGUUGAAGCAGCCUUUAAUGCCAUCUUUGAUGGUUCUACUCAGAAAUGCAGUGGAGCAUUAAGCCAGGACCUGUCACAUGCAUUUUUGAACACCAGUAACACUAUCCUUGCAAAGAAAAGUGCUUUGAAAGAGGAAAAAGUCAUUACUAAUGAAACCCUGGUCUAUGAAAAGCUGCUAAGUAAAACUCAAAGAUCACUUUCUCAUCAAGUAGAUAUUCCUGUGAUGGCAAAAUCAUGUGUAUCACCUUGUAGUAAAGCAGCAACCACUUUGAAUAAGUGUAUUGAUACACUUACUGCCAGUGAUUUUGAGGAUGAUUGGGAAAAUCUCCUAGGUAAUGAGCCUUAUAUUAUGCAAAAUGCCAGUACACCUGAACUUUGCCUUGCUGAUCAAAAAGGAAUUUUAACCUUAAAUAUUCAAAAUGAUGAAAGUAAUUCAAAAACAAAUACAAAUCUAGAUGUGAGGUUAAAAGAUACAAAAAGUUUUCAAGAUCUUUCUUCAAAAACACCGAACAGUGAAUUAGUAGAUGAUGGGAAGUUCAGACUUUCCUCAAAUCCAAGUGGUAAAGUAAACAAAUUGCCAUCCUGUGGAAGUAAAAUGAAAUUUGACAAAUCUUUGAGUACAAUUGUUCAAGACAAAUUUCAGGAUUGUUCAAUUACAACUUUUCCAAAGGAAGAUAUCCACUCAAAAUUUACUUCUACUGUAAAUAGUUUUGAAAAAGGGUCUGCUUUGAACACAGUGCAUUCAAAUGAACAAAAAAGUCAGUCAAAUUUUAAUCAGUCUUUCAAAGCUCUUGCUAGUAUAGAGCCUUUUGGCUCUUCAACUUUGGACAAUAAAGCCAUUGUCUGUAACCCAAAUCAGACUAAUACAUCAAAGGUAGGCUCUUUCUUCGAUGAUUGGAAUGAUCCAACAUUUUCCAAUGAAAUUAUUGAAGCAUGUCACCAAUUAGAAAAUACCUGGGAAGAAGAUGAUGUAGAAGAUGAUUUAUUAUACCAAGCAUGUGAUGAUAUUGAAAAAUUGACUCAGCAACAAGACAGUAGUGAGGACAGCAAGACAUCCGAAAGUAUACUUAAAGUCAGUAACAGUUCCAAACUUGAUGCCAAAAACAUCUUUACUCCAUCUAGGCAAGGAAGCCCAUCAGCACAAUCAAAGCAUUUGAAUCUAUGCGGCAUUUCAGUGCAAAAGUCUUCAUUGACAAACAAUCCACAUAUAAAUAAAUCAGUGAAGAUGGAGAAAAGGGAAGUUUAUGGAAAUUCUCCAGGUUUUUUAGGUGCUACAACAAAUUUAUCUAUAAAUUCUAAGAGCAUAGACUGUCAGGCCAGUAAUCGGCGUUUUUCACGAAAUAACUCUGAUGUUCCAAUACAAGUAAAUAAUUCCAAAUUGGUUCUUACAGGAACUUCAACUUCAAGUGCAAGUUCACAUCAUCUGAGUACAGAAAUUGCUCCUUAUGAGAAGAAUUUAAAUACUCAGCAUAUGUCCCAUAAGAACAUAAAAGAUGAAACUUGGAGAGACCUUAACAGAACAGUUAGAUUUUCUAAGUAUACUUUUACAAAGGUGAAAAAUUCUCAGGUUAUUUCCCCGUUUAAUCAAAACCACCUAUCAGGAAAUGUUUCUGACACUGAGGUGCCACAAUGUUUAGAAAAAAAUAAAAUUGUCAACCCAUUUUAUAGGGAGACUAUUCAAGAGCAAUCUUUGGUGAAACAUUCUGAAUCCUUAAAACAACCUUCAAAGGAGGAAGAAGAGAAAAGUAAAAAGUGUUCUCCUGAAGAAAUUCAGAGAAAAAGACAAGAAGCAAUGGUUCGAAGAAAGGCCAAAGCACAGGCCUCAUCUGUAAAGGCAGCUCCCACUUAAUUUCUAUAAUGAAAUCUUACUUGGAAGAAUUAUCAAAGACAAUUAAUAACUAUCUAUGAUAGCAAAGAUUUUCUUCUUGAUUUCUCUGUGAGAAAUUUAAUGCUGUUAUAAAGCAUGGACUUCUGUUUUUU